AUGGGAGCCUCGGAGUCCAAACUUGUCUUCAAGCAGGGCAUCUUCCGCUUGUAUGAAGACCAAAACAUUCCCGCGGACGACCCUUUCUGGAUAAAGUUCUGGGAGUUACCUGAAUCUACUGAAGAUGUCUUUAGUCUAUUCACUCCGACAGACAUACGCCGUGCCCGCGAUUCAUCCUUACCCAACCUCGAAACGCUCCUGCUCGCUAUCUGCUCACGUUUGAUCGUCCUAAAGAAUCAUCCUUCAUUCCCUGAUCCAGAAUUCGCUCCAGACACUCAUGCUUUAAACUGCAUUCGCAUCCUGACGAGAGUCCUUCCGUUCAUAUAUGAAGCAGAUCAUCUAGAGGCAUGGGAGGAACAAUUCUUCUGGGCACCUCGCAAAAAGAGAACUCGUCGGGCACAAGUCGCCGCCGAAGUACUGUUCGACGAAGGCCAGCCUGAGACUAACGAUACACAACCCCAACCCAAAGCCGACGACCGCGAAGAUGCCAAACCCUUAGCGGAGGAGCUGAUCGAUACGCUUACAGAUCUUCUUUUCUAUACGGGCUUUACCAUCCCAAAACUUUCCACAUCGGAAGGAAAAGUGUCGUAUGCGAUAUGGCAAAGUGGAGUUGGAUGCAAUACGGCAAUGAUCUCGACCAAGGAACAUGAGAAUAAUCGCAUGGAGAUAUUGAGGCUUUUGCUCACGUUGACUGGCAAAUCUAUGUACAUGUCUCCUACCCUCCUUCCGGUCAAAGGUGUCAAGGCCAUAACAUACCUUGCCACAUGCUCCGAUAAGCAGAUCGUUCUGACCCUCCUCUGUUCAUUACUGAAUACAACUAUGAAAUAUAAUCCGGCUAUUUGGAGAGUUCCUUAUGACCAUGUCGUCUGGAAAGAUCCAAAGCAAAUACUGGUCAUUUACUGUUUACAGCUACUACUAGUAAUCCUUCUAUAUCCUAUUCCAGAAGAUGGACGUGGUGCACCUCCGAAGAACUAUUAUCGUCACUACUUUGGACGACUACAUCGACCACAAGAUUUUCAAUUCCUCGUUGAGGGCAUGACCAGAAUUCUUAACCAGCCAAUGCAAGUAACGAGUUCAUACCUCCCCGGUAGUCAAAAAUCCGUCAAAUGGGCCCCUGAGAUGCUUAUGUUGUUCUGGGAAGCCCUGCAGUGCAACAAGCGAUUCAGAGCUUUCAUCAUUGAAUCGAACAGGUCCCACGACUUUGUCAUUCUUUGCCUUUUUUAUGCAACUGAGUACCGGAAUGACCCAUCAAAACAAGGAAUGGUCAAGAUGUGUAUUUUCAUUCUCCAGACUCUCAGCGUCGAAGAGAGCUUCGGAAAACGUUUGAAUAUGAAAUUUGAAGCUCAAGAUACCCUGCCGACAAGUAUCCGUAUCGCCGGGUUCCGCGGCACUUAUGCUGAUUAUCUCAUCAUUUCGAUACAUACUUUGAUGACCAGCAGUAAAGGAAAGCUAGAUGCAGUAUAUCCCGCACUUAUGGCUAUUCUUAAGAAUAUCGGAGCGUACGUGGAACGUCUGUCAUCAACCGCCUGCUCGAAGAUUUUACAGCUCUUUGCAUCCAUGUCAUCCCCCAGUUUUCUGCUCGCAAACGAGUCGAAUAACUACCUCCUUUCGGCUUUGCUUGAGUUUAUCAAUGUGGUUUUGGAGCAUCAGUUCACAAGAAAUCCCUUUCUCGUCUAUGGUAUACUAAAAACAAGAAAAAAAUUCGAAGCCCUGCGUACCUUUACGCUAGAGAGCGGACAGCAAGAAAUAGAACGCCAGAACCAACUCAAGAAAGCAGCAUCGUCAAAUGAUGGACUUACCGGUUCCGCGUCUCAGUCCAUGGAAGAUCUACGAAGGUCUAGUGGUGCACGAUCUCCAUUGACUCACAUUCCCGAAGAGAACAGUCCGUUCGCUAUUGGGGGUGACGAUUCUGAUGACGAUGGCGAUAUACCGACGACUCCGUCGCAAUCUUCUCCCUCUCUACGAACCUCACGUGCUCCCUCAAUCUCGUCUUCUCUUGACGACAGCGUGCCGUUACAGGUCAGGGGCAUGUCUGAAAAGGCUCGAGGAAAGAUGCCGGCUGGACAAAUGGGCUUUUCUCGACAGAACAGUUUGACCAGUCUAAGUAGUUAUUCAGCUGCAAUCCAUUCUACGCCAGCGAUGUUCACUCCAACAGCUGCAUGGAUUGAAUCAUGGGUUGUGGAACUCCCAUUACAUACAGUUCUCACCAUCAUCUCCUCAAUACUACCUCACAUACCCGACGCCGCUUUACAAUCAUCAACUAACCCUGAAGCAAGAACCCUGAUUAACAACCUCCCCACCUUUGCCGAAGAGCCCAACAUACGCGCUCUACUGACAGAUCCAUCGCCCAUCAAAGUCCACUCAUUUGAAUGGUCCGCGCUCGCGUUGGGCUGGUACGAGUCUCUUCUAUGGGGCUUCAUCUUCUCCAGCGAAAUGCUCGUCGGGUCUGCAAGCAAUUCCACCCCAGGCUCAGUAGGCGUCUGGAAUGGAACGGGUAUAAAGCUCUUCAAAGUCCAGGAAACAGCAGCUCAGGGCCCGUCACUGCUGGCUCCAAAGGGCGCCGUUGAUGCUGUGGGAAGCAACCUGGUUAACCGAAUAGGUAAUCUGAGGCUUCCGGGACGGAAUAGCAAUACGCAAGAUAAUCCGAAUAGUGUUCGUUCGCCGACGACGCGGGAGAUUUGA